CCUUCAUCUUCAGUACUACUUUUGUUUGUGCACAGAAGAACAGCUCCAAAUCAUCAGCAUGCACCUAAUCCAGGUGGACUCUGUUCAGCGAUGGAUGGAGGACCUGAAGCUGAUGACAGACUGUGAAUGUAUGUGCAUUCUCCAGUCCAAGCCCAUCAGCAUUGAGAAGGAUGAACAAAAUGAACUCAUCCUCUCCUCACAGUACAGCACUUGUGAUAACUUGCAGCUCCUGCUGAAGAGAGCUUGGAUCAUCAGCACUGAGCUGACCAGGAUUGCUCAGAAGCUGGAGAAGAACAGGUGGCAGAGGGUCCACAGCAUGACAGUGAGAGUCAACUGCCACGUGCACUCCAUGAUAAACGAGUACAACACCUCCUCCAGGAGCUCUUCAGAGGAAAUGCACCAGCUUGAAAAACUCUUAAUAGACAAGUGUUCAGAAUUUACAGCAUUCACAGAAAGGUGCUUACAGACUGAAGAUGAAGAGAUACUGAAGUCCAUGAAAUCUUGUGUUAACGAAACACUCACGACUGUGGCCCAAUAUUUUGGCCAGUUGAUAGAGCUGGUUUUAACACAAGAGGCACAGAACCUGCUGAGGCAGAUAGAGCUCUCUGGCAGCCUGUACGUGACAGAGUCGGCCAUCAGCAGUUUGUUCAGCCUUGCCCAGGAAGGGGCUCACCUCUGCCGCAUCAUAGCCAAGGAAGGAGGUGUUGUUGUUCUCUUCAAGAUCUGUCGCCAGGAUUGUUUCAGGUGCCUUUAUCCCCAGACCCUGAGAACGCUGGCAUCAAUUUGCUGUGUAGAGGAAGGGAUGCACCAGCUGGAAAAGGUGGAUGGGAUACUGUGCCUGGCUGACAUCCUCACUGAUACCAGCCAUUCUGAAGCCACCCAUGCAGAAGCAGCAGCAGUAAUUGCCCAGAUCACAUCUCCACAUCUCACAUUCACUCAGCAUCUCAGCAGCUUCCUGGAAAAUAUGGAAGAAAUUGUGACAGCACUUGUCAAACUGUGCCAAGAAGCCUCAUCAGGUGAAGUUUUCCUGCUGGCUUCAGCAGCUCUUGCCAACAUCACUUUCUUUGAUACCAUGGCUUGUGAAAUAUUGCUCCAGUUAAAUGCAAUGAAGAUUCUCCUGGCAGCAUGCUCAGACAAACACAUAGUGGAUACUCCAUAUUCCCGGGAUCAGGUGGUAACAAUAUUGGCAAACAUGUCUGUGUUGGACCAGUGUGCUUCAGAAAUCAUUCAAGGAAAUGGUGUUCAGCUUUUAAUGGAGAUGCUGUUUGAGAAAUCCUCCUCUGGAAACCCAGCAGAAGCUGCAGCUUGUGAGCGAGUGCAGCAGAAAUCUGCGGUGACCCUGGCACGGCUCAGCCGGGAUCCCGAGGUGGCAGAGGCAGCUGUAAAACUCAGCUGUAUUCCUCGCCUGAUUAAACUUUGCAGAUCACCAACAGAAAGAAAUAACAGUGAUUCUGUCUUAGUGGCAUGUCUGGCAGCCCUGAGGAGACUGGCAGUGAUGAGUCCUGAUGGGCUGGAGGAUUCAGAUUUUCAGCAGCUGGUAAAGCCCAGACUCGUGGAUUCUUUUCUGCUGUGCACAAAUAUGGAAGAGAGCUUUGUAUAA